AUGAUUAUUAUUAGUUCUUUAUUUAAUAUAUCAGAUAAUAGUGGUUUAAAAAAAAUUUUAAGUAUAGGUAUUUUAGGUAAAAGUAGUAUUAAAUUAAAUAUAUGUGAUUUUAUAAUUGGAUCUGUUAAAAAAGGAAUAUUAAAAAAUAAAAGAUUUGGUGAUUAUAGUAGAGUAUAUACAAGUAAAUCUAGUUUAUUUAAAUUUUUUAUAGUUAAAAGUAAAAAAUAUAGUAAAAUUAAUUUUAAUAAUAGUAUGAGAUCUUGUAAAAAUUCUGUUAUAGUUAUAAAUAAAGAAAAAAAUAUUAUAGAGGGUAAAAAAGUUAUAGGUAUUAUGUCUAAUAUUGUUAAAAAAAUAUUUUAUAAAUCAAAAGUUAAUUUAAAAAAUGCAAAAUUUAUUAUGUAA